UGAUGGUAAGUUUACAACACACAAUAGUAAAUUAUAAAAUGUUCAUUUUAGUAACAAUGAAUGUUCAUUAACAAAAUGUUAAAUAUCGAUUUCGUCUAAAAUUUUAAUCUUUUAUAUUAAUUGUUCAUUUGUAUUAUAUUAUAUGUUCAUUUAUAGUAAUGGGUUUUGGUGCAGCUGUUCUACUUUGACAGAGUUCAAAGAUUGAACAAAAAACAACCAAGAACAAUUCCAAUAAUUUCUUGUUGGAAAAGGGAUAUGUCACUUGAAAGGAUAAAAACAAAAAAUGAUUUGAACUAUGGAUAUGGAAAAGUCCUUCCAAGAAUAGAAGAAAAGCCUGAAGACAAUCCUAAGGUCUUUAUGAAUGAAUUUGCAUCAAUGGUACAAGAAGUUGGUGCAUCUUUGGCAAGACUUUCUACCAAAUUGGUUAAGGCAAAAGAGCUCUUCCCUGGGAAUCAGUUGGUCAAGAAGGUAGAUGAAGUGUUGGGAAAGAUGGCAAGAGAACCAUCAAUUCUCAGCCAAGAUGAAGAAAUAUUUGGAUCAGAGGAUUUUUUGAAUGCCAUAGCACAAAUUGAGAAGGAACUGAUGGAGGCAAGUGAAGCAGAAAAAAAGAAAAUAGGAAAUGAGAAGGAAUAUGAUAUAAGGAAGGCAUUCAGUUUGGGUUGCAACUUAACUCCCCCAACUCCAACAACUGAAGCACAGAUUAAUGUUGCAGCCACAACUUCAACAACAACUGAUGCAAAUGUUUCUUCUAAGCCAGAAGAGGGUAAAGCUUUAAUAUCUAUGUACAAUUAUGAAAAGUAUAAUGUUCAUUUAUAAAAUAAUAAGUUUGUUUAGUCUAA